CCCGAGGCUGAUGACCCCGGAAACACUAAUUUGCCGUCUCCAGGCGUGAGGAGACGUGUAGGGGCCAGGUUUGGCUCUCGUGAACUCUGACCCAAGUGGAUGGGUUUCUCUUUCCGGGACAACAUGGCGCCGUCCACGCCGCUCCUGACAGUCCGAGGAUCAGAAGGAUUAUACAUGGUGAAUGGACCACCACAUUUUACAGAAAGCACAGUGUUUCCAAGGGAAUCUGGGAAAAACUGUAAAGUCUAUACCUUUAGUAAGGAUGGGACCUUGUUUGCCUGGGGCAAUGGAGAAAAAAUAAAUGUUACCAAUAUCACUAACAAGGGACUACUGCACUCCUUCGACCUCCCAAAGGUAAUUUGCCUUGAAUUCUCGCCAAAAAACACUGUCCUGGCAAUGUGGCAGCCUUACACUACUUCUAAAGAUGGCACAGCUGGGAUUCCUAACCUACAACUUUAUGAUAUGAAAACUGGGACAUGUUUGAAGUCUUUCAUCCAGAAAAAAAUGCAAAAUUGGUGUCCAUCCUGGUCAGAAGAUGAAACUGUUUGUGCUCGAAAUGUUAACAAUGAAGUUCACUUCUUUGAAAACAACAAUUUAAAUACAAUUGCAAAUAAAUUGCAUUUGCAAAAAAUUAAUGAUUUUAUGUUAUCACCUGGACCCCAACCAUACAAGGUGGCUGUCUAUGUUCCAGGAAGUAAGGGUGCACCUUCAUUUGUUAGGUUAUAUCAGUACCCCAACUUUGAUGGACCUCAUGCAGCUUUAGCCAAUAAAAGUUUCUUUAAGGCUGAUAAGGUUACAAUGCUAUGGAAUAAAAAAGCUACUGCUGUAUUGGUAAUAGCUAGUACAGAUGUUGACAAGACAGGAGCUUCCUACUAUGGGGAACAAACCCUGCACUACAUUGCAACCAAUGGAGAAAGUGCGGUAGUACAAUUACCAAAAAAUGGCCCAAUUUAUGAUGUAGUUUGGAAUUCUAGUUCUACUGAGUUUUGUGCUGUUUAUGGUUUUAUGCCUGCCAAAGCAACAAUUUUCAACUUGAAAUGUGAUCCUGUGUUUGACUUUGGAACUGGUCCUCGUAAUGCAGCCUACUAUAGCCCUCAUGGGCAUAUAUUAGUACUAGCUGGAUUUGGAAAUCUGAGGGGACAAAUGGAAGUGUGGGAUGUUAAAAACUACAAACUUAUUUCAAAACCAGUGGCCUCCGAUUCUACAUAUUUUGCUUGGUGCCCAGAUGGCGAGCAUAUUCUGACAGCCACGUGUGCUCCCAGAUUACGUGUUAAUAAUGGGUUUAAGAUUUGGCAUUAUACUGGCUCUGUCUUGCACAAGUAUGAUGUGCCAUCAAAUGCAGAAUUAUGGCAGGUUUCUUGGCAGCCAUUUUUAGAUGGAAUAUUUCCAACAAAAACAAUAACCUACCAAGCAGUUCCAAGUGAUGUACCCAAUGAAGAACCGAAAGCUGCAACAGCUUAUAGACCCCCAGCUUUAAGAAAUAAACCAAACACCAAUUCUAAACUGCAUGAGGAAGAACCACCUCAGAAUAUGAAACCACAACCAGGAAAUGAUAAGCCGUUAUCAAAAACAGCCCUUAAAAAUCAAAGGAAACAUGAGGCUAAGAAAGCUGCAAAGCAGGAAGCAAGAGGUGACAAGAGCCCACCAAAUUUGGCACCUACUCCUGCCGCACAGAGCUCAGCAAGAAAUACUCUCUCUCAGUCAAUUUCUGGAAACCCUGAGGUGGACAAAAAAAUCAAGAACCUAAAGAAGAAACUGAAAGCAAUUGAACAACUGAAAGAACAAGCAGCAGCUGGAAAACAACUAGAAAAAAAUCAGUUGGAGAAAAUUCAAAAAGAGAAAGUCCUCCUCCAGGAGCUGGAAGAUUUGGAAUUGGAUAUUUAAAGGUUCAUGGAAAGCAAGUUGGUUGUCAGAAAUUAGUGCAAACACAUCUUCUGUUAAGCUCAUUGAUAUAUAUGGAAUAUUAUAUGUCCACAUUUAAUGUUCAUUUAUAAUUUUAAUCAUUCAAAAUACUACAUCUGUUCGAAAUUAUUUAAUAAUGCCUAUUAAAUUGAUUUUUGCUUCCUGCAUCCUCUAUCAUGUCAACAUAUGAUAUAAAAAAGUGAAUUUUCUAGCUAAGCUUGACCGAUUGAAAGACAGAUGUCAUCGUUUUUUUUAGUAGGAGAUAGUAUUUACCAUAUAAAUAAAGACCUUUCAAAUUUAAUCAAUUUUGACUUUGUUAUAAGUUUCUCAAGAAGUCCUUUAUUAAUUUACAAAGCAAGUUUGGGAAAAUUGUCCUUUAAAUAUAUAAUAUGGCUUUCUUGAUCCUAAAAUAUCAAAACUCUAAAGAAAUCUUUAAAAAUCAGAUUGUAGUAAAAUAUGUUAAAUUGUUUAUAUUGUUUGUAUUAUUUGAAGUAAAGUUUGCUUAGUUCUAAAGUAUAGACUUUAAAAAUAGAAAAUACUAAAAUAUUUUAUUUUGAUAUUUCAAAUAAUAAAUGUAGUAAUCUAAGGGUGAGGUAAAUAUUUUCUAAACAUAAACUAUGAUUGUUUUGGUUGUCUUUUCACAUGACCGAAAAAAGAUGUAAUGAUAAUCCAAGAUACUUGACUAUCAAAACUAAUUUAUAUUUGGUUUGGGAGUCUGUUAACGAUUAAUUUUUUUCAUCAGGUUUACAUUUGAAAUUAUUAUUUCAUUUGCAUUGAUACAGGUUUUUAUUUCCCAAAACCUGAUAGGUAAAAGAAAAUAAUCUAGAAACACUUUGAGAGAGACAUAUAAACAGAUAACUGAGUUUACUGAUGCCUCAAAGUAUAAGAUUUGGUAAAGACCUAAUGCAUUAACAUUGAGUGGUAUUUUAAAUGUUUUGCGUGUGGAUUGUGUGUGCAUGCAUACUCAUGUCCAUAUAAUUGCUUUCAACAUUAAUUUAUUUCUGCUAAUAGAAACUGAUGCAGAGAAAUUACUUUUACAAUAUAUUUUUUAAAUUGUUUUUCUAAUAAACUGUUAAAUAAUGCAUCCUGAGACAGCGUAAUUUUUUUUUUGGCUUAGCAGUUUAACAGUUUUUUAAAUUAAUUACUAUUUAUGACAGUUUACAAUCGACUUAUUAAUCAUUUUAAAAUGUUUAUCAGAGGCAGUAUCAUUGAACUUUUUGUUUUAGUCAGAUGCUUUUUAAUUGUUCAAGGAUGAUUGUUCCUACCAAAAUUCUUAGACUUUUUUGUUUUAGAAGUUUUUUUUGUAUCUGUAAUGAUUUAAUCUAUUUAAUUCUCUAUAAAUUUCUGAGCACACUGAA